AUGGCGAUGAUGAUGACUGGCCGUGUGCUGCUGGUGUGUGCCCUCUGCGUGCUGUGGUGCGGUUUGUCUGGAAUUGCGGCCGAUGGUUCUGGCGUUGUUUCUGGAGCUUCCAGCGGAGGUGUAGUUGAAGCUGGUGGUGUUCCUUCUGUCGCCGUUGAGAGCAUUGCUUUUGAUGCAGGUGGAAAGGAUGCUACUUCUAAUGAACAUGGAACUCUAUCAUCGGAGCCUGUUGUUCAAGUUGACAAUUCUUCAUCGUCUAAUAUUGGUCAGGAUGCGAGUAAUGUUUUAGACCCCCCUGUAAAAGAUUUAAAAUUAACAGAAGAGGACCCGAAAGUAAAUGCAGAUCAGCUACAAUCAGUGCUUCCAGCUGAUUUGCCUCCCAAAGCGGAAGUGGAAGGGUCACACCAUUUUAAUGCGCCAGACCCGUUGCCCAGGGCACAAGGCUCAAAAGAAGUUCUUAAUAAUGAUGAUGGUGACGUUGAAACUCUCGAGAAAGAUGGAAGAAAAGUUGACGUGAAGAAUGACGCCAUCGCCGGCUUCUCUUCUAACAGCAACGGCGAUCCAACAGAAGCACCACGAGGGCCUGGGGCGAAGGAAAUCACGGUGGAACAAACAGCACCAACUGCAGCAACACCGCCAGCGAAGGGCCAAGUAACAUCACAAGCGACGGAGCAAAAAGAGGCAUCACCAAGGAAAGAAGCUACGUCCAGCGUAGUUGUCACACAGAAAUCAUCAACUGUGAUUCAGCAACCAACAAAAUCCUCUUCUCCUCCUACAAACGGAAUAACUCCGACACCAGGAAACAAACUUGCUGGUGGGGACACUUUUCAAAAUGACCAGCAAUCCGAUGAGCAAGUACCAGAAGAAGCGGCGCAAAAUGGAACUAUUGCUGGCGAAGAAUUGAAGACAAAACCAGAAACCACCACCGAAAAGGGUCCUAACAGUACCGAUGAUAACAAACAAGUUGACAAUGCAGCCAUCGGCAAUUCAAAUGGAGGUCAGGAAGAAAAGAACGGAGUCACGCUGCAAGUUCAAGACGAAGUCGUGAAACCCAAAGAAGAAAAAGAAGUGAAAAAAGAAUUGGAAGAGAAAGAAAAGCAAAAGGCUCAAGGGAAUAAACAGGACGAACCUGAAGAUCUCGGGGAAGAUGCUGAAGACACUGAAGAUUCAGCUGAUGGCACAGAUCACAAAGAGGGUGAAGGACAGAAGGAAGGAGAUGCAGGAAGCAAUAAAAAAGGAAAAGAAUUGAAUGGGGGUGGUGAUACCGACGGUACACCCCCUGACGCACCUGUAGUUCUUCAGCCUGCUCCCCCUGUUGAAGUUACGGACCCUCAAAGUAUUGAGAAAACGAACGAUGACGACACUGGGGGAAAAGAAGACGCCGGCAGAACGCAAACGCAAGAAGCAGCAGGACCAUCACAGGCAGAGAAUUUAACAGCAGAAUUAAGUACCGAAGAAGUUGCAGCCGAAACAGAAACAGGAACCCCGGGAAAAAAGACGCAACCAGAAGAUGCAGGAAAAGAACAGACAACCGUUGGAGCAAAAUCAAAUCCAGAAACACCUGCCGCGGAAACGGAGGCACACAACAGAGAAGAGGUACCAAAAGAAGAGGAAGAUUCAGAAAAAGCAACAACAAAUGAAAAUUUUGACGGAAGGCAAACCGCCGUAAAUGACAAUGCCCACAAUGAGGCAGAGAACACAAGGCAAGAAAAUGAAAAUGAAUUGGAUAAGGCAGAAGAAACAACAGCAGAAGUCAAAGAAAAGGAAGAGACAACCGAAAGAAAAACCGUUGCAGCCAAAGACCCUAACCUGAACAGCACGGCAGCAACAGACGACAGUGACGGCAGCACCGCGGUCUCCCACACCACCUCCCCUCUUUUGCUUCUUCUUCUUGUUGUUGCGUGUGCGGCUGCUGCUGCGGUGGUGGCCGCGUGA